AUGCACCACCACCCGCUAGUGAUUAUCAAGAGCGGCCAAAAUAAUUAUAAUAAUAAUACCGACUCUAGCCCCAAAAUAAGUCGUAAACGCAGAAAGGAGUCCGGCUCGGGGUCGGGCUCCUCGAGCCUCGAGCACUCGAGCGGUGGACACUCGGACAGAGUCGCAGGCGGACUAGUUGGAGGCACGGCCGCGAGCCGUGUCGCAACCGGCAUCACCACGGCCGGCUCGAGGAGCAGCAACUCCAAGCAUCACCAGGACCAUCAGUCGGGCUUCGCCGAUUAUGCCGCGGCGGGCGAGUUCGAGAUCUGGGGCGAGGAGCACCAGUACCGCCUCGCCAACGGCCUAGAUCAUCCGGCUAAUGGUGCUGGUGGCAGUCUGCAUCUAGACCAGCAACAGUCGACGACCGGCCGAGGCGGCGUCGGCGGCUCGCAACAGCUGGCCGACGUGGUGCAGCAGGGCCAGCGAGGAGAGGGCGGCUCGAGUCUGAGGCCGCUGCUGCACGUCACCCACUGCGAGCUGCACUCGCCCCGCGAUGCCGAGCUGCUGCGGCUCGACGAGCUCGACAGCAGCUACGAGCAGGCCCAGCAGAAGAUCGGCCCGCAGGAUCAGCAUCAGCAGGACCGCGACUCGUACGCGAUGAUGAACAACUAUCACAAUCCGGUGCCGCCCCCGCUGCCGAGGAGGCACGUCAGUCAUUCCUUGGUUCCUGGACACUUGAUGGCUCAAACACCUUACAUGUAAGUACCGUGCG